AUGAAUAAUAAUAAUAAAAUUUUAAUUUUUGAUGACCAACUGGAGGAGGAAGAAAAAUUAUCAGAGAUUUUAAAUUCUCAAUUCCCUGGUGAAGUUGGUUCAAUAUAUAAUAACAAUAAUAAUAUAGAAAAUAAUAAUAAUAUAGAAAAUAAUAAUAAUAAUAAUAAUAAUAAUAAUAAUAAUAAUGCCAAUAUUAUAGAUUAUAAUAAUUUAGAAAACAAUAAUGAUAGAAUAGAUGUUGGUGAUAAUGAAAAUAGAAUUUACAAAAGUCAUAGUAUCAGUAAUGAAGAUUUAAUAGAAAAUAUAGAGAACCUUAGUAUAGAUGAAAUUAGUAGUAUGGGUGAUAUUGAUGAUAAAGAAAUUAAUUUCAACGAAACUCAUGACCAAGAAAAUGAAGAGAAGGAAGAGGAAGAAGAAGAAGAAGAAGAAGAAGAAGAGGAAGAAGAAAUAAUAGAACAAGAGCAAGAACAAGAACAAGAAAUAAUAGAACAAGUGCAAGAACAAGAAAAAGAAAUAAUAGAAAUAAUGGAAAAAGAAAUAAUAGAACAAGAACAAGAACAAGAACAAGAGCAAGAACAAGAACAAGAACAAGAACAAGAAAAAGAAAAAGAAAAAGAGGAAAAAAUAGACUCAAUAAAUUUAAAAGAACUAAAUAAUAGUAAAGUGGAACAAGAAAUUGGUGAAAAAGAAUGUGAAAACCAAAUAAAUAAAGAAACCACUAUCUAUGAACCAAUUGGCGGUUCCAAUGAAAAAGCUGUAAUGAAUGGGAAAUCAUAUCGAUUAUGAUAGCAAUAAUAAUGAGGGUAAUAUCAAAGAAA